AUGAACCGGCCCCCGCGCAAUAUCUUCAACAUCGAACACCAUCGACUUUGCCGCGCCCCUCUCAGGAUACUCACACGUCACCAAUACGUUCAAAAACUUGCCGUCUUCGCUAAGCAACGGUCCGCUCACCUGCAUAUUCUCCUUCUCAACAAGCCACACACCCGCCAUACGCCCCGUACCAGCCACUCUCCCAACCCCCGCCCUAUUCUGUCUAUGGUCAAACACGGUAAACACACCCUCGCCCUUGCCGCGAUUCUUCCGCUCCGAAUGCGCAGCAUCGAUUAUCGACACAUCCAUCUCUCCCGCAUCUGCAACCAGCUCACAGUUAAUCUUCUUCGCCAUCUUCCCCUUGCCAGCCUCAACCGAAACCCUUCCCCUCCUGGCCCUCACCCCCCCGUUAUCCUGCCCCAUCGUCCAUAG